AUGUUUACUUUAUCAAAAAGUCCGAUUGUAUAUGUGCAACGCACAUCUAAAUCUGAGCCUUUUCCUGUGACUUUGGAAGGGGUAAAAUUAUUCUUGCGUGUUGAAAAUAAUCAAGAUGAUGAUCUGAUUUUAAGUCUCAUUGCCAUGGCAACGGAAUACGCUGAAUGGCAUAUGGAAAAAUCGCUAAUGAAGCAAACAUGGCAAAUUUCAUAUGAAGGCUAUAUACCACGUAGAAUCUAUCUAAGCUAUGGCCCUGUUAAAGAGAUAAUAUCAGCUACUGCAAUAACAUCCACAAAUCAAGAGAGGCAAGAGAUUAAGUACUAUUUUAGCAAUGUGGGAAGCUAUGUUGAAUUUCAGAGUUCUCCAAAUACAAAAAUGGUUAAUGUUACAUAUGAAGCUGGUUACGAUACUGUUCCUGAGCAGAUUAAAUUAGGAAUUAUAAAACAUGUUUCUAAACUUUACAAAAACCGUGAAUCAGACAUAGGCAACUACUUAUCUGAGAUAAAAAAGGCAUAUUUCCCAUUUCGUAAUCCAAGGGUUGUACUAUAA